GUAUGUAAAGUUUUCAACUACUACAAGGUUCUUCCCGAUGGUUCAGUUAUAACUGCAGAAUCCAGCUUCUAAUUACCAUUUCUAUUUCAAGAUGUCUGGGCUUGUUUUGUUUCAAUCAUAUAAGUUUUGUGUUACCUUUUAGAUGGUCGUGAUGAGUUAUACUGGCUUUUUGUUGGGAAUGAUUUAGAUUAUUUUCAAACUUUAAAUGCCUACACAUAAGUUUGUAAUGAGGCAGUGCUAAUUGUACACUUAUGUCAGAGAUAUACUGUGAGCAUAUAUUUAAUCAGAUAUUGGAAGUAUUUUUGUGGGUAGUAACUUGUAGGCAAGUCUGUCUAAUUUGUGUAACAUCAUGCCUUACCUGUAGCCACCAUGUACACUAGGCUGUGAUGCUUCAAUUUUUGGCUUGGAAUAGCCUAGCAGUGUGUUUGAGUUUUAGUUUAAGGUUAGAGCAAGUUCAAAAUGACAUUCGGUUGGACCCUAUAAGAACAAUGUGAAACUUCCACUAAUCUUACAGGCUGCAUUAAAUAAUGAAUUAGUGGGAAGAAGAGCAUCCUUAACAUGACAAAUGGUUCUUCUGAAUGCCUAUAAAAAAGAGCAGCUGCUAAGUUUUGGACAACAGAAACAGAUUCUUUGGCAGAAAUAGAACAGCAUCAGCUUCUGAGAUAAGAAUUCCUUUCUGGAUAGCAUUUCCCCUCAAUUAGUCUUCCUGGAUUGUGCCAAUAUUCUCACCUUGCUAUUGGAACUUCGCAUUUACGACUGCCAUGGACCGGAGACACUACGAUGGAGGGAGCGCCUACUACCAGAGAUGUGAUAAUGCUGAGGAGUAUGCCAGGCAGCGAGAAGCAAGCAUGGCACGUGAUUGGGAGGGUAGAAGGGGUAGGGAUAUGUGGGAAAAUUCGGUUGAUAGAUUUCUUGAUGGAGAGGAGAGGCGUAUUAGAGAUAGAAGUUGUAGGAGCAGAUCUAGGGACCGAGAUCGUGGCAGAGAAAGGAGAAGGUCUUCGUCUAGGGAGAGGAGGAAUUUCAGGGGUUCUCCUGGAAGAGGAAGAGAUGAUGAUAAAUAUGAUAGGGGUGAGAGGUCUAGAAAUUGGAAUGAAGAAGGGCAUCAUUUAAGAGGUCACAGAGAUAGGAGAAGUUGGGAUGAUGAUGCAGCACGUGAUAGGGACUAUGGCAGGGACUGGAAUGAUGGUUCUGGAGGAAUCCAUAUGAGAGAUGAAUGGCUGGAAAAAGUAUGGGGAAAGUCGGAUGGGAAUGAGAGCAGUUCAUCUUUCAAUGAUUCUCAUGAUUACAGAAAUGAAUGGGCUGAGUUACCCCCUGGAGUACAGCCAAUGCAGAACAGAACUAUAAUUAUAAGAGGUCUUGCUCAGCACAUUACUGAAAAUGAUAUCAGGCAAGAAAUAGCAAAAUGUAAUCUUGAUCCUUCAGACAUUCGAAUGAUAAGAAGAAAAAAUGGUACUUCUAGAGGAUUUGCUUUUGUAGAAUUUGCAACAACUGAAGAAGCUGUUCAGUGUAUGGAGUCAAAAAAUGGUGAAUUGAUGCUGAACAAUCAUUAUAGGGCAAUCAUGCAGUUUAGUUUGCCUAAAGAUGCAAGAGAAAGGUUUUACAGUGAUUGGCAUUGUAAAUGUUCAGCUCAUAAUUUCAAACGAAGAGACGUGUGUUAUAAGUGUGGUUGCACUAGAGAGAACGCAUUAGCGGAUGAAGUAAGUGCCUAUCCAACAAAUACUGUGCUGUUAAGAGGACUAGAUACUCUAACUAUAGAAUCAAAUGUACUUGAGUCCAUACAAGAUCUAUCAAAUCUUCCUAUAAAGAGUGUUCGAAUUGGAAGAGAUCCUGUAACUGGAACAUCAUUGGGUGUUUGCUACAUAGAAAUGAAUUAUGUAAUGGAUGCCACUUUCUUACAUAAUGCUUUGCUUAUGGCUGCACCUGAAAUUGAUGGUAAAACUCCAAUUGUAUCUUACUACAAAUCUGAUGCUGCAACACAAAGUGCUAGUGCUCAGGCUUCUAAAGCAGGGAAUACAGCUGUUGAAGCGGCUCAGUGGAGUCAUCAGAAGUCAGGUGCUAGCGAUGUGAACCAGUAUACUUUGAAAGAUGUAAACAGACUAGCUGAAUACAGUGCUAAUUUGUAUGCUAAAACACCAGAAGAAAAAACCACAUAUUUAGCAUACUAUCAACAAUAUUACCAAAAGAUGAUUUCAGAAGGUGAACAAAUAUCAUUACCAGCUGACUCAACAAGUGCAAAUCCAGCUAAACCAAAUGAUAGCAUGAAAACAGAUGUGAGCACACCACUAACGGAAGCUCCGGAUGGAUCGGGAUCCAAAACUUACAAUAUUCCUGACGUAAGCACCUAUCAGUAUGACAAAACUUCAGGCUACUACUACGAUCCUCACACAACUCUUUACUAUGAUGCAAACUCUCAGUAUUAUUACAACUCAAAGUUAGGAAAGUUCUUGUAUUGGGAUUCUGUGAAAAACACAUAUUUACCUGCACCAACAGCAGCAACAACUUCAGAACAAGCAUCUAUAUCUGAAAAUGUAGACCAGGAAGAACAGAAAGAGGAAGACAAGAAAAGUAAAGAUAAAAGUAAUGAUAAAGAUAAGGUUAAAGUAGCAAAAAGAAUUGCCAAAGAUAUGGAAAAGUGGGCUAAAACAUUAAACCACAAAAAAGAAAUUGCUAAACAAAACCUGGUCACUGCUGCGGCUGUGAACACAGCUUCGUUAAAAGCUCAAGGAGCUGCAGACAUUGGGUUUGCUGUUCUGGAAAGGAAAGACAUUUCAGUUCCAAGUGGCAUGGCCGUUGUAUCACCACCCAGUCUCCCAGAGCAGCCUGAUAGCCUAGUAGCAGCGUAUGGCGCUGGUAGCGAUAGUGAGGAUGACAUGGAAGAAACUGUUGAAGGAGAAGAAAAACAACAUGUUGACUGGAAUAAAUUAAACUGUCUGUUGUGUAAGAGACAAUUCAACAGCCGAGAAGUCCUAAUGAAGCAUACACAGAUAUCAGAUUUACACAAACAGAACUUAAAUAAAUGGUACAAGUCAAGAGGUUUAGACCCGGAUGAUGUACAAAAACGGUCGUUGCAGUACAGAGAUAGAGCUAAAGAGAGGAGAUUGAAGUACGGAGAACCGGACAAACCUCAACCGAAUAAACUAAAAGAGAGUUAUAUCAAGUCGAAAGAGGCAACUAUAAGUUAUGAAGAGCCUACAAAAAUGGGCAUAGGAGCAGACAAUUUAGGGAACAAGCUUUUACAGAAGAUGGGCUGGCAAGAAGGAAUGGGUUUGGGUAAAAAGAAUCAGGGGCGGACAACUAUUAUUCAGGCAGAAAGAAGAUCUGCCUCAGCAGGGCUAGGAACUAAAACAACAGGCGUUGUUCCAGGUCCUGGUGAAACAUAUAAAGAUUGUGUCCGAAAAAUGAUGUACAUUAGGUAUCAAGAAAUUGAUGAAAAUAAUAGCUAAGAUUUUUACAUGUUUAGAACAGUAUGUUAAACGUAAUUAAUAGUACAAAUGAAACUGAGUAGAAGGUGGGUUUUGUAUACAGUUUUUAUUACCGACACUAUCAAAAUAUAUUUGAAAAUAAUUGAAAUAAAUGUCUAUUUCUUGGUUAUUUUUAAGGCUAACGUUUGGAAAUACGAUACUAAAUGAAAGUAGCUAAUUUAGUAAAGAGGAUUUUAAAUACGUCAUAUUUAUGAAUAUUUUCUUGAAACAUUCUUCAAAAUUAUAUGUGAUAUUCUUGGUUAUCUAAUAUGAUGACGAUUAUUUUAUCUUCGUUAUAUUAUAAGACUUGUUUCAUCAUCUGUGAUUUAAAAAUUUCUGACCUGUUUGUGAUAUUAUUCUGGCAUUGGGAGAUGAAAUAAUUUUAUUUUCAUCAAGCAACUUGGACAUUGAAUAGUCUUUGCACUUAAAUAUGUUAAAAAAAGAAUUCUAUUUAGGUAUUUUUUUUAUAAUUUCAAUGGUUUUUUGUGUAUAAUUAAUUUACUACUGUGUUACUUAAACUGAGAUUAAGACUUCCAACAAAAAUUGCAUGCUUUGUCGUAUUUGUAUCAAGAGUUAUUUUUCUUUCUGUGGUAAUUUGUUGAUAGAAUUUAAACUUGUAAAUAUUGUUGUAAAUAUUGCUCAUUUCAAAUUGUAUAGUGAACCAACUUGUUUUUUCACACAUACAUCUUAAAAUAUAUAAAUGUGUUGUUAAUUUUAUUGUUUUUUUAUAUGAAGAUAUGUAAAUAAUUGUAUAUUAUUAGUUCCUUUUGCUUAGAAUUGACAUUGCUUUAAAUAUAUCGUCUUCAUAGGA